AUAGCUGAUGCCGACCAGGAGACGGACCCGGGUAAAGCUCGGAAUGUACUUAUGGUAUCAUGAUUGCCGCAGUGCCAAGCGCAUUCAUUCAAAGAUAAUGCGUGAACAUAAAUUUAGGCAUAAAAGAGUCUUGCAGAUCCAGUGUUUACUUCAGCUCACUCACUUUCUUUGUUUUCCCUUCGUGUCUCAUGGCGUCCAAUUCCAUUGUGGGUAUGUGGGGGCCGGGGUUCAUUGGAUACAUCAUAGCUACAGCGCUCUAUGGGAUAUCCUUCUGGCAGUAUAUGUUCUACCUGCGAUCUUUUCCGCAAGAUCCGAAAAAACUCAAGUUAUUCAUAAUGACAGUCUUUCUUUUCGACACAAUUCACCAAUACGCAGUGAUAGGGAUAUACUGGACUAUCUUCAUUUCGUGCCGACGUAG